AUGCAAAAUGAUAUUAAUGCUUCGGAGUUAAACAAAACAUGGGAGCUUGUUACUCUUCUGAAAUCAAGGAAGCCAAUGGUUGUGAGUGGGUGUUUCAAAUUAAGUAUAAGGUUAAUGGAACCAAAGAGAGAUACAAAGAAUGAUUGUUUACAAAAGGCAAAGAUCACUUUCACUCGACUUAUUCUUGCUAUGGCUGCAAUUAAAAAUUGGCAUCUCCAUCAACUAGACGUCAAUAAUGCCUUCUUACAUGGAGAUUUACAUGAAGAUGUUUAUACGGAAUCGCCUCCUAGAAUAGCUGCAACAGGUGGUCACAAUGCUUGCAGACUUUUAAAGAGCCUUUAUCGUCUAAAACAAGCUUCCAAACAAUGGUUUGCCAAGUUAUCCAAUGCUCUCAUUCACUAUGGUUUUUUCCAAGGCUAUUCUAAUUCUUCCUUUUUCAUCAAAAGAUUUAAACAUUCUUUUAUUGCAUUGUUAGCCUAUGUGGAUGAUGUACUUUUGGCAAGUGAUAACAUUUUGGAGAUUCAGCAAUUAAAGUCAUUUUUACAUGAUGAAUUCACUAUUAAAGAUCUUGGCCAACUUAAGUAUUUCCUUGGUUUAGAGGUGGUUAGGUCUAAGACCGGUAUCUCCUUGUGUCAAAGAAAAUAUGCCAUUGACAUCCUCGAAGUCACUGGUUUAACUGGUUCUAAACCUGCUGAUUUUCCCAUGGAAUCUAAUCUGAAGCUCUCUACUUCUAACACUCUUUUGUAUGAGGAUCCAUCAGGCUAUCAUAGACUUGUUGGUAGAUUGUUGUACUCAACUAUCACAAGGCCUGACUUAGCCUAUUCUGCCCAAGUGCUUACCCACUUUCGUGCUACCCCUACUGUGAGUCAUUUUCAAGCAGCAACUAGAGUAUUGAGUUAUCUAAAAGCUAUACCAGGGCAUGGUCUUUUCUUUCUAGGAUCUUCAAAUUUACACUUAAAUGCUUUUUCAGAUAGUGAUUGGGCAGGCUGUGUAGACACUCAAAGAAGUUUCACUGGUUUUGCAAUCUUUCUUGGAAAUUCUUUAAUGUCAUGGAAGUUGAAGAAGCAACAAUCAGUCGCUCUUCAACAGAGGCAGAGCAUAGAGCUGUUGCAACUAUUACAUGUGAAAUUCAAUAGCUCCUUUAUGCUUUACAAGACCUAA